UUAAGCAUUAUAAUCAUGCAAAUCAUGUUGUUUCACUGGAGUGGGAAAAUACAGGUUAAACAAAAGGAAAAACGAGAGGGUUUUCCUUCGACAGAUUUAAUCUUCGCCUGCUUCCUUCUUCUUCUUCUAAUCAUCGCCACAGAGAAAGCUACACAGCUACGUGGUUUUGUUCAGAUCCGUGUGAGAGGGCGAGAGGUAGAGCUAUCCGACGGAGAAGAUGAGCGGCAAGGUCGGCGGCGGCGGCAGCGGCAGCUUCGGAGCGAGGAAGAGCCAUAAUGGAAUUUCAGACAUUCCGUCGGGGUCAAGGAAGAUCGUACAGAGUUUGAAGGAAAUCGUGAACUGCCCUGAGGCCGAGAUCUAUGCCAUGCUCAAGGAGUGCAACAUGGAUCCUAACGAAGCCGUCAAUCGUAUCCUCUCCCAAGAUCCUUUUCACGAGGUGAAGAGCAAAAAAGAUAAAAAGAAAGAGAAUAAGGAUACAACAGAUUCCAGGUCACGUGGUGUUAAUAACAAUUAUAACCAUGGGGUUAGAGGUGGUUCUGAUCAUUAUGCUGGACGAGGUAGUGCUGCACCUUUCAGCUCUACUGAAUCUGGAAGCUUCCAACGAAAAUCUACAAACAGGAGAGAAAAUGGAAGACAGGGUUAUGUGGGGUCAGCAUCAUCUGGAGUGGUGGGGCGCAAUCAGCCUUCGCACAGUGAUUUUGUUGCCAUUGAAAAUAAAAUGCCAUCUGUUUCCCUGGGCGAUGGGAAACAGCCAUCACAAUCUGCUUCUGGACAUCAACCUGCAUGGUUUGGAGCUGCAGGUCAGAUGUCUAUGGCUGACAUUGUGAAGAUGGGUAGACCACUAAACAAGAUAAUGAACCCCUGGCAAAAUGUUGAAAUGCGACCCAAACUAGAUAGUGAGCAUGAAGUUGCUAAUCAGCAUGUUCUUUUCAAAGAUGACUGGCCCUUGGAUGAAAAGCCAGUAGCUGCUAGCACCUCGGCUGUAUCAAAGGCACAUGCAGAGUCAGAGAUAUGUUCUGAUCCAUCUGACUUCCAAUCCGGUAGACGAGGCCAACAACACAAGGCCCAGUUUGAAGAGGUUCAUCGAGCAGAAAAUGGCUCACGUGGGAAUCUUGGGAUAGAUCAACUGCAGCCUGGUUCAGUUUCUGGUAGAAACGUUCUGGAUAAUGACUCUGCAGUUUCUACCGAGUUUGAUGAUAAUCAAUACAAGCACGAAACACAGAAUCAUCCUGUUGAGCAUGAAAAAGAUGAAGAUGACACUUCAUCUGUUGCCGGGAACCUUCAAGAAUUAAGCAUAGAGAAUCAUGAUCACGAGGAAGAGGACAAACCCGGUGUCAUUAUUCCAGAUCAUCUACAAGUGCAUGCUCCAGAUUGCUCGCAAUUAAGCUUUGGAAGCUUUGGAGGUUUUGGAUCAAAGCCUUUGAGCAACAAUUUAGAAGAAGAGGCUCCAGAUGUAGCCCCAGAAAUCAAACAUUCAGAUGCUAGAAACACGGAAUUCUAUGGAGACGAACAUCUUGCAAGUGCGAACAAUGGAAAUAUUGUUCACGUGUCUAAUCCAAGUACUGAAGACUAUGAUACUUCGGAUUCUCAGCGAGAGAUUUCGAGGCAAGAAAACCCCGAGACUGCUCAGUACACUUUUGCUCAAUCUGAACCAGGAUAUGCUUAUGAAAAUGUUAAGCAGCAGACGAAUACUACAUUCGAUGAAUCACAGACAAGCACACAGAUGCCGAAUCUUACUUCUUUGUCCAAUGUCAUGCAAGGGUAUACAAACCCAAUUCCCAACACUUUACUGGCACAACCUGAGCAGAGUGUUAGGGAACUCGAGCUUCAGUACUCACCUUUCUCUGUUGCACAGUCCAUGCCUUUGAGAAAUAGCAACAAUCCUUCUUCACUAAAUGCCCAAAGCAUUUCCGUGUCAGAGGCACUGAGAGGCGGUAGUAUUUCUACGGCGCAAUCAGCUCAACAAGCCUUACCGGGUGCCAAUAUUGCUACUGGACCCGCCCUUCCUCAGCAGCUUCCGAUGCAUCCAUAUGCUCAACCCUCUUUACCUCUAACGCAUUUCCCAAAUAUGAUCGGUUAUCCUUUGUUGCCCCAGAGUUACCCGUACAUUCCGUCGGCUUUCAUGCAAGCAUUUGCUGGUAACAACAGCUCGUACCACCAGUCUCUGGCUGCUUUGCAUCCGCAGUACAAAAACAGUGUUUCCACGAGCAGUUUGCCUCAGCCGGGAGCAGCAUCUGCCUCGGCUUACGGGUUUGGGAAUUCGAGUAACGUUGGAGCCGGAAACUACCCUCUGAACCAAUCCGCAGGUCCCACUGGGACGAGUCUUGGUUAUGAAGAGGCCUUGAGUUCACAAUACAAGGAGAGCAAUCAUAUGUUGUCCCUCCAGCAGCACCAGCAGGAGAACUCGCCAAUGUGGCUUCAUAACGGUCAUGGUUCCCGAACCAUGUCAACUGUCCCGACCAACGGGUACUACAACCUGCAACCACAGCAACAGGGUCCCGAGUUUCGCCAUUCUCAGCCACAGGCUUCUCAGCACUAUGGAUCACUCGGGUACCCAAAUUUCUAUCAUCCCCAAACGGGGAUCUCCAUAGAGCACCACCCGCCCCAAAACCCGAGGGACGGUGGUCCGCCCUCGAAGCAGCAGAUCUGGCAAAACCCUUACCACCAUCAAUGAAAAAAAAAGGUUAACUUCUUCGUUUUCUUCUCUCUUCUCCCUCAUAGGGCUCGUGGGUUUUCAGGGCUGCGUGGCCACUACCAUAGCUAUUUACAUAUAUAAUGGAUGGAUGACCGGUCACCGGUUAUAGAGGUUUGCCGGUUGUCGGAGUUUUGGGUGGGGGAAGAGGCUGAAGAGAUCAUCUGUUCCACCGGCUACGACGGGAGCCUUCUUCACCACGAAUGUAUCUAUCAAUCUUCUUUCUUCUGUAACUUAGUUAACAAACAAACCUCUCUCUCUCUCUCUCUCUCUCUCUCUCUCUCUCUCUCUCUCUCUCUCUCUCUCUGUAUUUAACCCUUUUUGUUUGUAGUUCUUCUAGUUGCACGUUGUUCAUACGUUUGCCACAUUUUCUGUGAGAAAUAAAUUGGGUUGUCUCAAGAAAUUCAA